CACAUGACAGCUGGUUUGUAUGACGUUUCACGUUACACUAUUUCUGUUUUUUUGCCUUUUGGAUAAAGUUGUAAUUUAUUUAAUCCAACCAAAGGGUUUUCAAUCUGCCUAAUUCAUUGAAAGGCAAAUAAGUUGAAUAGGAACAUAAAAUGGAUGCUGCGGAUGCACUACUCAUUCAGAAUAAGGAACAAUCAAAUGGUGAAUCUGCUCCAGGAACCAAAUACAAUGUCAUUAAUGAGGUGCAGAUGUUUAUAAACGCGGAGGACGGAGGCGGCGACGCACGAAGAAGUACAAGCAGUCCAAUGGCACAAGAAAACGAUGAGAAACCAAAGUUUCCAGUCACAUCAACACCAUACCAGAAGAAGGAAAGUUUGUCAGACACACAGCUGGCAGACUCAAACCCUGAGUGUGAUAUUGAAGGAGUCCCGGAGCUGCCGCUGGACGACGGUCUGCCGAGCACGGUCACGGUGCUGGACGCGCCGCACGGCGGCCGAGUGUACCUCGUCGGCACCGCGCACUUCAGCUUGCAGUCGCAGGAUGAUGUCUCUAGGGUAAUACAAGAAGUGAAGCCCCACAUAGUGAUGGUGGAGCUGUGUGAACAACGCACGAAUAUAUUACUACUAGACGAAGAGGUCAUCCUUAGAGAAGCAAAGAAUAUUAAUGUUCAGAAGAUUAGAUCAACGAUGGCGCAGAACGGCGUGUUCAACGGGCUGAUGUACAUCCUGCUGCUCAACAUGUCGGCGCACAUCACGCGCGAGCUGGGCAUGGCGCCCGGCGGCGAGUUCCGCAGGGCCAUGACUGAGGCCAAGAAGAUCCCCAACUGCAUAGUGCAACUAGGCGACCGCGCAAUCGACAUCACAUUGCAUCGCGCGAUCGCCUCGCUGUCGUGGGGACAGACCAUACGCUUCAUAUGGCACCUGUUGACUUCCAACCAGUCUAUCAGCGCGGAAGAAGUGGAAAAGUGCAAGCAGAAGAAGAUGCUGGAGGAGAUGCUGGAGGAGAUGGCGGGCGAGUUCCCGGCGCUGCGCCGCGUGUUCGUGCACGAGCGGGACCUGUACCUCGCGCACUCGCUGCACGUCGCCGCGCUACAGCCCAGGAACGAGCCGUGUCGGAUAGUGGGCGUGGUGGGUAUCGGGCACGUCUCCGGCAUCGUCGAGAACUGGGGCAAGAUCUCCGCGCACGAUAUACCGCCGCUACUCAAAGUGCCGCCACCAUCUCUAUCCACGCGCGUGAUCCGGGUGUCAGUGCGCGCGGCGUGCGUGGGCGCGCUGCUGUACGCCGGCUACAAGCUGUGGCCGCGCCGCCUGCUGCCCUGAUGCCGCGAUUUUCUGCGCGACUCUUCAUCAAGCUCCAUGGCCUACGUCGCUAUGUCGGUGUCAGCUAGCGGCUUCCGCCCGAUUCUGAGGUAGCGUUCUAUUUAGGUCUAUGUCACUCUUCUAUCUUAUCUAUUACCCGUAUAUUAUAUACUCUUUGAUUGGUGCAUAUAAAAAGUUAUAUAGACAUGUUUGACACAUGUUUUUAAUCACGUAAUAUUAACUUUAGAGUUUUAUGGUAAUAAAUCUUGUUAAAUUAUCUGUAAAGAAGGGUUUUUUACUUAUAUGUACUCGUAUAGAUUGGCACAACUUGCACUAAAAUUCUAUUCAUCCGUUUUUGUUCACU